GUCAGGGAGCUAACCCGUGCUUGGGCCACUAACUCGGUGGUCAGGGCGCCAACACUCUUGGUUCGCAACCGCGUUCAGGGAGGAAUCACUCACUUUAGGAUCACACGCGUGAUCACAGAGGCAUUCGCCAGAGAACUCAACACAAGCCGAAUGUUCAAUAACUUGACUUCACUCUCGCAUAUAUAUUUUGAUGACUUUAAGCUGUGUUCGUAUGCAAUGCACGUAAGAAUAUGUGAGCCAAGAGGUGAUGGGAUCAGUAGCUUUCAGCACCUGUUGGACAAUGUCGUGCUAAGAGUAAGCGUAUGGAUAGUAGCACUGGUGGCCUGUGUUGGCAACCUAUUCGUCCUCAUCGGCCGAAUGAUGAUGCAUGAGAUGAACGAAGUGCACUCGUUUUUCAUCAAAAACCUGGCUCUGGCCGACCUAUUGAUGAGUCUAUACCUAUUCAUAAUCGCAUAUCACGACAAUCUCUUCCGCGGCGAAUAUAUCCGCCACGAGGAGCGAUGGCGAGGCAGCUGGCAGUGCAAUCUCUGCGGACUCCUCAGCACAAUCAGCAGCGAGGCCUCCGUUUUCACGCUAACCAUCAUUACGAUUGACAGAUAUCUAUCGGUUUUAUAUCCAUUCAGUCUUAAACGCCGUACAAAAACAUUCGCUAUGUUAUCGAUGAGCGCCGUUUGGAUUAUAUCCAUAUUAUUGGCUGUUAUACCGCUUCUUGACUUUGAAAUAUUUGGCGAUGAGUUUUAUGGCAGUAAUGGUGUUUGUCUGGCCCUUCAGAUCCACGACCCCUACAGCAAGGGUUGGGAGUAUUCAUUAUUCUUGUUCUGUGGCAUCAAUUCUGUUGCCUUUGCUUUCAUUACAUACGCUUACAUUAGUAUGUCGUCGACAAUCACCAGCUCUGCGGUUGGUUUGCGGACAACACAACAAAAACAGGACCGAAAUAUUGCUAAAAGGUGUGGAUUUAUUGUGGCCACAGAUUGCUUGUGUUGGAUGCCUAUUGUGUUGAUCAAGAUUCUCGCACUCGUCGGCGUUCCCAUCAAUGACUCUCUGUAUGCCGUAAUCGCUAUAUUCUUACUUCCCGUCAAUUCCGCUCUAAACCCCGUGUUGUACACAUUGACCACGAAGUUAUUCAAACAGCAUUUCUCCAAAAUAAUGACAUACAGUAUUGAUUUGCACCGAAACGGGUCGACGGAAAGGGCGGACCAGCAUUCGGACAGACCCAGAAGUGGUGACCGACAGAGCGGUCAAUAUGACUCCGAAGGGCCACAAAUUCGCGUUAACGCCAAUCAAGAGAUUGAGUUCUUCGGACUCCAGACAAAGCGAGACUUUUCUCUGAAAUCAAAGACCAGACCAUUGAGCGAACACUUGGCGUAUAAUAUAUGUGAAUAUAGAAUGAAAACAUUGAACAACACGUAUAGAUCAGAGAAACCAAUGGCUAUAAAGCAUAUUAAAGAGACUAAUGUGGAUAAGAAUCGGAAAAUAGCGGUCAAUAUGACUCCGAAGGGCCACAAAUUCGCGUUAACGCCAAUCAAGAGAUUGAGUUCUUCGGACUCCAGACAAAGCGAGACUUUUCUCUGA